GGACAGGAGACAGCUAAGCGUCCCGCCGACAACAUUUGGACAUUAUUUAAGUUGGUCUCGAGCACCCAGAGACUGCUUGGACCCUUUUUUAUUUUAAAAUGAGCACCAUGACACCUUUAUCUGCGCACGAGCGUUACGAUACACGCGCCGUGACAGUUUGGGAACGGAAGUGAGAGAAGGGGGAAGUUGUUAGGGGACAUAGGAAAAAAAAAACCUAUAAAACCCUUCAAAAAAGUUGCUAUUUUUCGUCUGUCAAGUUCAAGUCAAGUCUUUUUUUUUUCCUUCCGGGGGGGGGGGCGGCCUGGAGGUCGGGGGGCAUGGACACUCACGUUAAAGAGGGACAGCUCUAUGUGCAGCAUCAGAAGUUUGGAAAGAAAUGGAAGAAGAACUGGUUCGUCCUCUACCCCGCCAGCCAAAACGGCAUCGCCCGCCUCGAGUUCUUCGACUCUCCAUCGGGCGGAGGGGGCGUGACAGGUGGAGGCUCGGGCAGCGGGUCAAACGAGAAAACCAGGAAGCUGGACAAGAAGAUCAUCCGCCUGUCGGAGUGCAUUUCCAUCCUGCCUUCGCUGACGGAGAGCUGUCCCAAAGAGAACAUGGCGGCGUUCUGUGUGGAAACCAACGACAAGACCCAUGUGUUCGCUGCGGAGAAGAACACCGCCAAGGACUGGAUGGAUACCAUGUGUGACAUCGCAUUUCAGGGAGGAGGAGGCACCAGCAGUUCUUCUGUAGACUCUAAUGGAGGAGCACAUGACCUGCAGAUGUCUGAGAACCUCAUCUACUACUCCAGAGAGGAGGUGAACGAGUUCUGGGUGAGCGUUCAGCGUACUGAGGCGUCAGAGCGCUGCGGGCUGGCUGGCAACUACUGGCUAAAAGCAGAAAAUGACAUCUUGAUCUGUAAGGACCCAAAGACGAAGAAGAAAAUUCUGGUGUGGCCCUACAAGCUGCUGAGGAGAUAUGGGAGAGACCGGGUGAUGUUUUCGUUCGAGGCGGGCCGACGUUGCGAUUCGGGCCCCGGCAACUUCACCUUCGAGACCAAGCAAGGCAACGAGAUCUUCACGCUGGUGGACCAGGCCAUCCAAUCGCAGAAGGUGCAGGCUGAGGAGCGUCACCUCAGCUGCCCCAUAAACUUUGAUAUGGAAUGCCCCCAGUCGCUGCAGCACAUACGCAACCCCGGCGGAGGAGACAGCAGCAGCUGCAGCAGUCGGGAGGCGGACAACGACUCGGGCGGCAGCAAACCGGGCUCUGCAGACGGCGUGCUCGGGAAGAGAGAGGGAGGAGAUGGAGCGGGAGGAGGAAGGGGGCAAGGAGGCGGUGCGGUAGGAGCGGUACACAAAGGGAGGAGUUUACCAGAACCGCCGGCCAUGUUGGGAGUCAUGGGAGGAGGAACAACUCCUCCGCGGUCUCCCAGAGGGCAGGGAGGAGCAAAAGGUCUUUCUUCUGCCGAUGACCUCGGAUGUCUCUAUUCUGAGCCGGCCGAUUCAGUCCGGGUGCACAGCUCCGACUGCCUCUACUCUGACCCGGUGGACAGCAUCAAGGGCCAGAACCAAUCAAGCAACCCGUCAAAUCCUCCAGUGCCCACCCCGCGCCUCCGACCGGUGGGCGACGAGAACUCGGGAGGGGAUACUCAUCACGGAAGCACCAACCACAGGAAACCACCAGACCUGUAUUCGCAUUUGUAUGACCAGAUCAACCUGGAGCUGAGCCAAAAAACCAGCGGGCUGAAUCUGAACGGAGCCGGAAACACGGGAGGAAGAGGGGGAGCGAGAGGGGUGAAUAACACCAGGCGACCCCCGGGAGGUCAAGCAGAAGGGCCGUUAACUCCUCCCGCUCUGCCUCUGGAGCACAUAUACGACGAGCCGGAGGGUUGCGCCAUGGCGAGCACGUGCGUUACUACGGGGAUGACUAUUUAUAACGAGGCCCGUUUGGAGCCUCACAGCCACAGGAGGCAGGAGGAGGCGUCGGAAUCCCAAAAACACUCUCCUCCGCAGCUGGGCCGUGGCGGACCUCCAGCGCCGAGGUGGCCCAAACCGACCACCGCGCCAAAGCCUAGCAGGAACCCUUUUGGACGGAAGGAGCCCGUACCGUUGCCCCCUGGGAAACCUGGCAGCAAUGUGAACAACAACAACAACAACAUUUGGGGUGAAGGAGGAGGAGGAGGAAAUGGGGGGAGGGAGCUGUAUAGCAAAGUGUCUAAACAGAAACCUUCGUCUUCUAAUUCGUGGUACAGCCACCAAGCACCGCUGAGGUCACCUGAUAUCAUCUAUGACAACUUGGGAGACAUUUGACUUUUUUUUUUUUUGUGGACUGCAAAGCUGCUGCUUCUUCCCUUUUUUUUGAGAAGGGGAAAGACGCUAACGCUGAAAAGAUGUUGAAGAUAAACUUGCAGUUGAUGCACUUCUUUUAAGGACUAAGCACAUGUCUCAUUUCAGAUUCCUUCCGUCAGUGGACUUGAAUAAUUAUUUGGGAUUUAUUCAGAGCGGAUUAGCUCAUUAGAGAACAGCCUGAGACACAGAGUGCAACUAUUGAAGGGUAGGCAUGGGCCACCUUCUGCGUGUGUGUGUGAGUGCGAGAGAGAAAAGAGAGUGAGAGUGUUUGCAUGGUCAAACCCAUAAUUGGUAUACCAAGCCACAGUGUGGUUGGAGCCAGCCACUUCACUUGAACACACACACACACACAGAAAGUAUAUGGAUUUGCCAAAAGCAGCUCGGCCUCCAGGCUUCACUUUAACAAGCUGAGAAAGCGGCUUGGCUCUUCUUUUAUAAAAUGUCUGCCUUGCUUAUAAAGCGACUGGGAAAUAUGUUUUUUGUACUGCUGCGUUUCUGUUUCUCUGCAAUAUGAAACAAUAUGACAGCUUUUUGUUUGACAGGUCGAGGCUCCGACUACGUUCUGGAUCUUCUCUGCAGAGCCAAAAGAGUGGAGCUUUUUUCCGUUCUGUUUUGUGUUUUUCUGGACUGAUUAAUCAUCCUAUAUGCCACCAAAGCAGGGAGAAUUAGAAUAUUUUCAGCCCAGGACACUAACACAUGAGAGGGUUUCAUAUGGGCUUCCUCAAAAUGGACAAACAUUGUUGCUACUGUUUUGGAGGAAGCAUGAAAACUGGGAUUUUACCAGUGAUAAAGGGGUCAUAAGGUUGCCAUUAAAAUACUUCCUGCACAAAGUAUCACAGUUUUAUGAGAUAUUAUUUGAAUUGUUUAUGGUUGUUUGUAUAUACAAACUAAAUAUGAAACUAAUUCAUCCCUUGCAAUGUGUCUGUGUGUUUUUCAGAAACAGCUGUGCUGUCUGUAAAUAAACUAAUA